CUCUCCUCUCAGUCAGACAGUCGCUCUCUCGCUCGGCAGCGGCUCGGUGGACUCUGGGUUUUGCCGCCGCAGAGAUCGUUUAUUAGCGCUCAGAACACGAGGGAACACAAGACAAAAACACAUCCGCGGCAGCGCAUGUGGAAGACAUCUUCAACAAGUCCUGAGGAAAGGGUGAUGUUUAAUGGCCGCCCCCUCACAUUGGAGUCCUCGCAAUCAUAGAUCCAUCAUCAACGGAAACGCUCUCAUCAUGGAAACCACCUACCUCCAGACUGCCCUCCUUGACCCCCCCUGCAGAGGGUGUAAUUGCUGAGGGAGGGGCAGCUUUACUGAGACAAGCUUGCCUGUGAAGAAGGAAAAGAAAAUCACACAAAACAUGUAGUGUACCUCUUUGCAAGUAGGGGGGAGGGUCUGAAUUUUAGUCUGAUUUAUGUUGAAUUUAUUUCAGUUUAUUUUUAUCUCCAGAACAGAUUUGUGUAAGCUUGUUUAGAGCGUGUAUGUCGGUGUGGAUAUAGCGUGAGGAGAAAGUGACAGAGAGAAAGGAAAGACAGAGAAAGAAGAGAUGGUCCUCCACACCACCCCUUACUCCAGUGCCUGUCUGCACUUCCUGGAUGGCUUGUCGUGGAGCCUGGUGUUCCCCUGCUACUGGCUCCUGGACCAGCUCCUGGCCUCCUGUGUGGCCACCUCUCUCGAGAAGCGCCGACGCUCCCAGGACCCCUGCUCCUUCCUCACCCUGUGUGUGUUGAUCUCCGCGCCCCUUUACCUGCUCUUAUUCCUCGUCUCCCUGCCCUUCGCCCUACUGGGUUUCUUCAUCUGGGCUCCCCUGCAGGCCGUACGCCAGCCAUACCUGUACACCUACAGCAGACCAGACAAACACCAGGCAGAGCAAGGCCAGGCGGGUGGAUGCGUCGGGGACUGGAGGCCACAGGGCAGGAGCUUCUGCUUCUGCAGCGCCAAUGUGUGCCUCCUGCCCGACUCCUUGGCCAGGUUCAACAAUCUGUCGGACACACACAGGAGGGCCCGCGAGGUCGGGAAGAGGAUCCGCAACGGUGCCAGUCGGCCGCAGAUUAAAAUCUACAUCGACUCUCCGACCAACACAUCCAUCAGUGCGGUCUCCUUUAGCAGCCUUGCCACAGGUUUCCGCCGUACCUCCUCUCUGGACCAGCGUCCGGACCAGACACACACCACCAACGGGCCAGCGGACGCAGAAACCGAACCCCUCACCGAGUGCCCUAUUCACCCCUCAGGUGCCCCAGACUGCCCCGUUCACCCUUCUGCAGGAGACCACGAUUCCUCUGAAUGCCCCCUGCACCCAGAGGGAGGAGACACGGCAGCAGACUGCCCGCUCCACUCCGCAGUGACCAACGGCAGCUCAGACUGUCCAGUUCACACCCCAGGAGAGGCUCCGGACUGCCCCAUGCAUUCAACAGGACCUCAGAGUGGCCACCAUGACUGUCCCAUGCAUGGGGAAGGGACCCCGACAAAACCUUCCUCAGACUGCCCAGUUCACACCUCAGGGGUUCAGAUCAGCAUCAGCGCCCCAGAGCCAGACCCUCAGGAGGACGAGGCUGAAACAGGGAACCAUAAGUGUGGGGAGCCGGCGGGGGGAGACACGGGCAGCAUGACUGCCUCCAGGGAAUCCCUCACCCGUUACCAUGGCGGUGACGGUGUGGGGAUAUCUUCCAACAAUACUCUCUCUCACGUCCCUCGCACAUCAGUCUCUAAGCGCCCUGGGAGAAAACGCCGGCACGGAGACGAGACCUUCGACCACGAGAUCUCCGCCUUCUUCCCUGCCAACUUGGAUUUCCUGGCUCUACAGGAAGUGUUCGACCACGGAUCCACCACUAGGCUGCGGCGGCAGUUGCAUCGCUACUUCCCCUUCGUACUGAGCGAUGUCGGCCGGUACGGCUGGAAGGGAUGCUGCUCGAGGUUCAAGUUCUUGAAUAGUGGGCUGAUGCUGGCCAGUCGAUACCCCAUCCUGGAUGCACGCUUCGAGUGCUACCCCAACGGGAGAGCAGAGGACGCACUGGCAGCCAAGGGUGCGUUGUUUGUGAAGGUUCACGUGGGCACCUCCCAUCAGGAGCAAAGGGUUGUGGGAUACCUCACGUCUACGCACCUCCACGCCAUAGAAGGGGAUGCCUCUGUGCGCUGUGAGCAGCUGGACCUGUUGCUUCAGUGGGGGGCGGAGUUUCGCCAUGCCUCGUCCCAACCCCCUGAAGGAGAGAAGGUUCUGGAGGACCUGGUGGCCUUCGAUGUGGUCCUGGGAGACCUCAACUUCGAUAACUGCUCUUCAGAGGACAAGCUGGAGCAGCAGCAUGCACUUUUUACUCAAUACAAGGACCCAUGCCGCCUGGGACCAGGGGAGGACAAACCAUGGGCUCUGGGCACUCUGCUGGAUCCCAGCGGCCUUUAUGACGACGAGGUCAGCUCACCUGAAAGUUUACAAAAAGUGAUGGAGAAUGAGGAGGGGAGGAAGGAGUACCUGGUGUUUCCUCCCAGUAAGAGCCAGUGUCCGGCCAACAGUCAGAAGGGGAGGAAGAUCCCGCUGAAGGGUAAUGGACGGCGGAUCGACUACAUGCUGUACAGCGACGAGGGCAUGCAGCCGGACUGGAAACUGGACAUUGAGGAGUUCAGUUUUGUCACCCAGUUGGCCGGCCUCACCGACCACCUCUCUGUGGCCAUGCGGUUGGCUGUUUCCACGGGGGAAGAGGAACCUUAGAUUGACCGCCUGAGAUUUUUUUUAAAUACUGCCAUGGAGGAGUGACGGAUUACCAAGAGGAGAAGAGGAAGUAAAGAGUUUACAGAUACGGAGCUGCAUGAGAGACAAAAUGCGGUUUUGCCAGAGGAUUGAGGGGAAAGCAAAUGGACGGAUGAUUCACUGCGAGAGUGCUCAGUGGAUGAAUGGAUAUAAAGGUGGUGGAGGAGAUCAGCAGCAGAGGAGUGAUUUCAAAGAGAAAGACUCUGGAGGGGAGAGAUAAGCAGGGGAGUUCAGUUUAGAAAGCCAGAAAGAUUUUGUAUCUUCCUGGGUAAACCACCCACACACAUACUAAAUUCAGUAGAUAAAACACAAACACAAUGUGACAUUUUGACUGUUGAAUAUUCCACACUCUUCUCCUCCAACACUGAACCGAAUCCAUAGGGUUUUAUUUAGCGUGAAUUGUUUUAUGUAGCCAAUUUACACCCACUUCUUUUAUGGGAUCUGUUUAGCCGUAGUUAUGAUUAUGAUUCUUUUUUUUUAUUCUUCCUUCAGGGACAGUUGGAUAUACUUUAGUGACUGUGUAUAAAAGGAAAACGCAUAAUAUAAGUGAUAGGAGAGAAGCGUACAGCUAUGACUGGCCUUUACACUGACCGUGUGUGUCCUUGUGUCGUGCUCCUUCCUGAAUGGCUGUCGGUCAUUCAUCCUGCUUCCCCCCCCCCCCCCUCAGUCCCAGGAACCUCAACAAGUGUCUUUUUUUCUAAAAAAAAAAACUAGUCUUUCUAAAAGGGAGAAAAAUAACAAGAUACAAUUUCUAUUAUCGUCACACCACUUUUAUAGGGAGUUUAAAUGCCUGUUUAAUACUAUAUGGUAUGUUUCUAAAAAGAGGUAUUGUAUAAAGAGACAUCAAAUUGGAGAAAAAGUUAUUUGUUAGAUGCAUUUCGAUGGUUUUAGCAUGUUUUUUAGCCAUGAUUGGUACAGAUUGACCAGAAAUUAAUAACGGGAACUGAGACUUUGCGGAUGCAUGAUGGGAAACGGUAUCAGUGUAUCAGUUUACAACAUUAAUAUAGCGUCUUGAUACACUUGCUUGCUCGAGUCUGGCUGCUUGAUGAGUCAAGAAGCAUUUUGCCCUGAAACACACACUUACUGUAUACCAGUGUGACAUAUGUGCAUGUGAGACUUCACUCUACCGAUAAACACACAUAAAGGGAUGCACAGAACAUUCAAAGGCACACAUUAUUUACAGGGGGACUUCAGGUGAUGUCAAAUACCCUCUGGCGGCCAUAUUGGAAGUUCUCAAAUGACAACAUGUGACUUGGAUAUCUUUGAGAGAAUCGAUAUCAUUGAAUAAGCUUUAGCUGUCAAACCAAUGUAGCUAUCCGGUAAGCAAACAAUCACUGUCUUGUAAGCACGUCUGAUUUGAUCACAGGCCAACGUAUAGUAUCCAGGUAGGUUUUUGGUUUGAGGGAGAGCAUGAUGACAGCCAUAUUUUGAAACAAAUGCAAGACAUCCUAAUACAGAACAUCUUAAAGACAUUUUGGACAAUAUACCAAGUUCAGGUACACACAUUUGAAAACACCUGAAACAGUCACAGAGAUUAAGACAACCUACACACAAUUAUACUGAGUUCAAGAAGUGAAGGGUAAUAAAUACAUAUAGUACACACAUAAUAGCAAGUCCUUUUAUACAUGGAGUUUAAUACUCCAAUGCCACAAACUUUAGGUGUGUUCAGACUGAAAGAUAAACAAACUUUGGGCGUGAAACUAUUUCAUAUGAAAGUAAUUACAUAAACCUAGUGGACGUGCAUAAUGAGUCAAAACAACGCACCAGAAAAAUAGAAAUGUUAACAUUUUAAUAAAAAGUCUUCUCCCAAGGCUGUAUGGUUCUAACUCAUAAAUUAACAUUAAAAUCUACUAAAAAAUGUAGAAAGACUUGUUAGAAAAACAAGAAAUAACUGGGCUAGAAAGCACAUUGUGUACUUAUCUUUUACGAGCUGUUAGUUUUUGAGGCAAAUAAACAAACUUUGCAUACAGUCCAGCAUUCAAAAUUGCACAAAUGGCACAAGGCAAUAAAAAACUUGCUUCUCAUUCAGUCUAAAUACACCUUCAGUGUUCUUGUCCCCUCACAACUCCUUACGUUACAUUAUCCACACAUUGCUUCAGUUGCUGGUCGGACAGCAAUGCACUUUGCAAAGUUAGCCAGCUUUGGAUUAUUUGAAUUCAUAAUAAUGCUAUUACAGCAUCAUAUUGUAAUCAUCAUUUAAGUCCCAAUCUGUAACAGGCCAUAAUGUCAAACAGGAUCUGGAACUCCAGAAGAGCAAUGUUCAGUCAGUAACCAUUGAGACGCAUGUAGACACUAAAACUGCAGACAUGUUUGCUUUGGUGCUCCCUGUGAACAGCUGUAUUGAGUGGUAGGCCACUACCAUCACCUCAAACUUUAAAAAAACAUGGAAGCUGGCAUAAUCCUAAAUCAGUAGUAACCAAAUGUUAUUUAGCAGGAAACGCCAGAACUAUAGUAUACCAUACUGGGAACAUAUGGAUUAUGGUUGUGCUCAUGUUGUCAUCAGCCAAAGGGGGAAACUUCCAAAAUUACUUUUAGAGAUGUGUGUGGGAAAUAAAGAAGCCUGUUUCUCUGAAUAAAAAUUGCAUUACAGAAACUGUUUAGGUUUACAGACACUGUUUGAUUUCCAUGGUCUACACGGAGAAAAAUGUUUACAAUCAUUACAUGGCACCAGAGAGGAUUUUAUUCAAUUUCAACACGGAUGUUUGUGUAUAGCUGGGCAUCUCUCGUGUUAUUUUUUUCAAAACAAAUGGGCCAAUUUGGUAUUUGUCGGAUAACACUGUGCUGAGAGGUAACGCAGGAUGAACACACAAGGUUUCAGGAGUAUAAAACUGCUUAUUAUGUGACUGUAGGAAACAUAUUAGUGUUCUGUCAUUUUCACAUGCAGUAUGAGUCUACAUGUCACCUGGCUGCUAUGACACUCUUUGUAUGACUCCUCAUUACUAAUAUACAACCUAUCUGUGCUUUUCUCUAUUUAUUUUUAAGGAUGACUUUCAGAUAUGGGUCCAGAGGGAUUACAUUUCAGUUAUUGGUAAGAAGUGAUGUAUAUACUCUACAAUCCAGGAUUAGAAGGUUUCCACCGUUUCCCAGAGAAUCUGUUUUCAGGGUAAAAACGCUGAUAUAAGCACCGUGGUAGCCAAUGUAAAGAUUUAUUCUGUGAACUUUCCAUUUCAAUUUAAUUACAAAAUAUGAAUACUGCCAACACAUUCAUAAUCAAGCAUGGAGAGAUCUGAAGUGUCUACACAGCGGGACUCAUGUAGUGCUGUCAUGGUGAUACUAAUCGUUGGGGUUAAUAAUAAAGCGGGACGUCGGGGUAUUAUAUUCUAUAGUUUGGAGUCUAUUGCUAUUUUUCUGUUUUAGUAUUUUUACAUAUUUUUUUAUUCCAGCUUAAGAAAGUGGUGGGCAACUACGCUGAUUAAAGGUGAAAGUGUAAUGGUG